AUGAACCCUAUCGAGAGCAGAGGUCACUGGGACCCUGCCCUCCUAAGCUCCAUCCUUAGUUCAUCAACUGCCCCGGACGCCAUGAUUGAGCUUCGCACUGCGUGUGGAUUCAAGUCUCUGGUGCACAAGUCCCUGUUGUGCUGCUACUCCCCCUAUUACAGCGUCGCCAUCAAUGGCGAGUUUGUCGAGUCCAAAAGCACCUCCUUCGAGAUUGAGCUGAGCAAGCCACAAGCCGAGAUGUUGAUCUGUUGGCUCUACAGCGGACGCCUGAGCGACCACUUGUUGCGUCCAGACACCGAAGAUCUUAUCCACCUCUAUGUCUUUGGCGACAAGACCGACAUUGCUGCUCUUCGCAGACGGAUCAUGAUCGCCCUUGUCAACAGGAGAGGCGUUUACAUGUCUCAUCAGUCAACCAUAAUGAUCAUCAACUCCUUGCCAGUCUCUUCUCAUCUGUACAGCUUCGCUGUAGACUGGUACGUCCACCACUGGAUGCCCGCCUUGGCCGAGAACGGCGAUUGGGAGCCCGUCUGGCAAGAUCUUCCCAAAGACUUCCUAUUCACCGUCAUGUGUGGCUUCGCUGAGAUCAGAGCCGACUGUCAGGCCCUCUGCAACUGCUGCAACAAUCCAUGCUUCUAUCACGACCACGAGACCCACGAAGAGUGGGCUGCUUGUAAGUCCUGUAUUCUGUCACUCUAUCGGAACUAA